AAAAACUUAAAGCAAAAUGGCAUUGCAAAAGUUACCUCUCAUGUCCAUUGGGCUCCUUUUGCUCCUAAUCAUCGUCGGUUCUCCGGUAAAUGCCGAUGGACCGGUUUGCCCACCGACACCGUCCAACAAACUAAGCCGGGCACAUUUUCCUGAAGGUUUCUUAUUUGGCACAGCGACUGCGGCAUAUCAGGAAGAUGUCCAAUUAAUGAAGAAUCUCAACACAGACGCCUUCAGAUUAUCUAUCUCGUGGACGAGAAUUUUUCCUCAUGGGAGAGAAGAGCAUGGAGUGAGUAAAUCUGGUGUGCAAUUCUACCACGACCUCAUCGACGAGCUCAACAGAAAUGGUAUAAUUCCGUUUGUGACUGUUUUUCAUUGGGACACUCCACAAUCUCUAGAAAAUGAAUAUGGCGGCUUCUUAAGCGCAAACAUUGUGAAAGAUUUUCGGGAGUAUGCUGAGUAUGUUUUCCAAGAGUAUGGUGGAAAAGUGAAGCAUUGGAUCACUUUUAACGAGCCAUGGGUUUUCGCACACGCCGGUUAUGACGUGGGUAAGAAAGCUCCAGGACGUUGUUCUCCUUACGCCAAGGAAAGAACCGUCAAGGGAGAAUGCCUAGGUGGAAGAUCAGGUUAUGAGGCUUAUCUAGUCAGUCACAACCUGCUCAACGCUCACGCAGAAGCCGUUGAAGCUUUUCGACAAUGCGAAAAAUGUAAAGGUGGGAAGAUCGGAAUCGCACAUAGUCCGGCUUGGUUUGAACCACAUGACUUUAAGGAUGCACAAAAUGGUGCGACCGUUGACCGUGCACUUGACUUUAUAAUGGGAUGGCAUCUGGACACAACUAUGUUUGGGGAUUAUCCUUAAAUAAUGCAAGACAUUGUUGGACAUAGAUUACCUAAGUUUACCACUGAGCAGAAAGCAAAACUGAGAACUCA